AAAAUAAUUAUAAAGCAUCUUUUUUAUUUUAAAUGAUAAUAAUAAUAAUAAUAAUAAUAAAUGAAUAAUGUAUUUUCAUACAGAAAUAUAGGUAAGUUUCUGCACAAAGGACAGCAGAUUUCCUAACGCUCACCAAUUGAACCCUGAAACAAUCUGUUGUGAACUGAAACUACAUUUAAUAUUGAAAUGAGUUGUAGUUCCUUCCUUAUUAAUUCAUACAAGUCAAAUUAAAUGUAAAAAUUUCUGGAAAAGCCUCACAUCUCACCAGCGAGAUUGUAGAUAUUAAAAUAAAAAACUAUUUAAAAGCAAAGUUUUGACAUUCACUCCAUUGAAAUGUGAAACCUGUGGGAGGGGGGGAAAUCCAGAUGAGUAACGGUUCUGUGUAGUAGUUUUACUUAGAAGGAAGUGAUGAUUUUUUUWAACUUGUACUAAAAAAAAGUUCUCACAGCUCCAUUCAUGCCUUUCACACAUUCCAGUCAUUCAUGCCUCUUACCAAACCCUGAAAGGCUGCGUUCCAAAAAACAACAGGUAUUUUUCUUGCCCAUCCUCUGCCUGACGUCAUGAUUUACCUAAAAAUAAAACCAGAUGGCAUACACGUGCGUUCAACAUAAUAAAAACAGAACAAAAGGCUUUUUGCCUCUGUGACAUUUGUGAAGUAUUUAUAUUGUUGAACAUUACAAAAUGCUAAUAAAUGCAGCUUCAGUGGGUAGUAAUGACAUUUCAUUUGACAUUCAAAAGUAGACAAACUGCCAUCACAACAUUCUUUGGAAAGCACGCCCACGUGAGAAAACUAUUCAGAGAUCCAGACACCACGGAGAUUUACCUCAGAAUCCUGAGACUUAAAGCUGGAGUUUUAUGAGCUGGUAUAUGAGUGAGUUUGUUACAUUUUAUUUAAGGGACUGACCCAUUUCUGUGUUGAAGCUAAAGUUUUAUCGAUUUACUUUUCAAGAGAAACAUUUUUUUUAUGAAGCCAUAUAUAUAUUGCUUUCAUUUUUGGUCUUUUACGACACUUUUUCUUUACUGGGAAUCCUUUCAUUAAAAACAGAAACGUGCACACUUUUUUAAAUCUACGUGGACAGCAAGAGAAAAGCAUUCCAAAUGAUGGCAGAACAUGGACAACCCUGCGAUGCGAAGGAGGCCGGUUACUGCAUGAAUGAAGCUACAUGUUAUAAAAUAUCUUCCAUGAACUUGCUUUCCUGUGUAUGCAGAGAAAAUUAUAAAGGAAGCAGGUGUGAGCAAUAUCUGCUCCCAGUCCAAACUGAGCAGGACAGGGGGUUAUUAGCAGCUGUGAUCUUUGUUGCCAUUCUCAUACUAGUGGUGCUGGCAGUUAUCAUCCUCUAUGUGUACAGGAUGCUAAAAUCCAAGAAUCAGAGGAAAAAUCAAGUGAAAUCCAGUAAUAUGAGCUAUAAAAUAUGAACACUUCCUUUUACACUUUUGCCCUCCUCCUUUUUGUCUGUGGAUUUUAUGAAAUAAUACAACUUCCUGGACUAUAUUGACAAAAAUUGCCAUUUUGGUCAACAUGAAGGACUAACAUCUGAUGGGUUUUCUGAUAAAAUUUCUAGAUUUUGUGUUUUUUUUGCUACAAAAAGGCAUCAAACGAGACAUGAUGCAAGAGUCAAUGUGAUUUACUUUAACUGGGCAAAAAAGUUGAAGUCUGUUCCUGCAGUUAGAUCACAUUUCAACGUGCUUGUUUAAAUAUAUUUACAAGGUAUAUUUGAGGAAACUACACCAUUGAACAGGCAACAGUGAAUGUAACUAUAAACGUUUGAAUGCAAAUACAUAUUUUUUUCUAAAUGUUUAAAUGCUUUGACUUUUACUUGACAAUUUAACAAUGUGCAUUUGUUUCUA